AUGGGUGAAGAAAGGUCGUUGAAGUUAGUAAAAAGGAAACUGAAGAUCAUCACCACUGAACUUACAGCAAUGUCAACAUUCAGUUCUCACUUUAACGCUUCCACUGAUGACAUAAACAAAGUUCGUGUACGAUUCGAAAGCCUGCUUGAUACAGUUGACAGAUUUGAAUCGCAUCAAACAGAGCUUGAGGAUCUUGAGGAUGAGGUCCCUGAUAACCUACGGAUUGCUGAGAGGAUGGCGUUUAAAGACCUCUUUUUCAGUGUCAAAUCAUCAUUAAUGAAACUUGUGGAUGCCAGUCAAGAAAACCGUUCAACGUCACCAUCUUAUAGUGAAGUCACUAAGUACAAUGGGGAAAAUGCUAUGAGGUUGCCUCCAAUCAAUGCUCCAAAAUUUACUGGUGAUUGGCAGAUGUGGACAUCUUUCAUUGACUCAUUUAAUGCCAUGUUCCAUAAUAACAAAACUUUGGCACCGGUUCAACGUUUGCAUUACCUAAAGAGUUGCUUAGAAGGUCAAGCGAGUGAUGUCAUAAGAUCAAUACCCACGACUGGAGAAAAUUAUUUGCAAGCUUAUAACACACUUGUUAAUAGAUAUGAAAACAAGGGUGCCAUUAUCCAGUCGCACAUAAGGUCACUGUUGGAAACUCCAAAGGUUGAAGCGUCAUAUACACAACAGCACCAGGGUGUGUCUGCUUGCAUUUCACAAGUUACUGACGAUGUGCGGUAA